AUGCCUGAACCAGCCAAACCCGCGCCCAAGAAGGGCUCUAAGAAGGCCGUCACCAAGACCGCCGUUAAGGGAGGAAAGAAGCGCAGAAAGUCCAGGAAGGAGAGUUACGCCAUCUACGUGUACAAAGUGCUCAAGCAGGUCCACCCCGACACCGGCAUCUCUUCCAAGGCGAUGGGCAUCAUGAACUCUUUCGUCAACGACAUCUUCGAGCGCAUCGCCGGUGAGUCGUCUCGUCUCGCGCACUACAACAAGCGCUCCACCAUCACGUCGAGAGAGAUCCAGACCGCCGUGCGUCUGCUGCUGCCCGGUGAACUCGCCAAACACGCCGUGUCCGAGGGCACCAAAGCCGUCACCAAGUACACCAGCUCCAAGUAA